AUGCAUUCCGUGUCUGCCGACCCCAAGGAGAGCACGCGCCAUCUGUUCUCUACCCUCUCUCCCCUUCCCACCCCAUCGCCGUCUGUUCGGAUACGAGAUCUCUGCUCUAUCUUCUUCCAAACAUCUGACACCGUUAUUCAACUCAACUUCACGUCCUUGAUCCUUGCCCAAGCACUCACAACCAUGUCGACGACCGCCACCCUCUCCGCAGCCGAGCUGCAGCGCAUCCGGGCCCAAUUCCCAGCGCUCGUCUUCGCCGACACCCCCAACACGGGCAUGUCUGGCUACGUGUUCGCCGAGAACGCGGGCGGAAGUCAGGUGCUCUCCACCGUCGCCGAAUCGAUCACGUCGUACCUCCUGCGAACGAACGUGCAGAUGGGUGCUUAUCCGCUUGCGGUGAGUGCCGAACGAAACGUAUCGCUGGGAACGUGUGCAGCAGCGGUGCUGUUGGGAGCCGAGUCGCCGGACGACGUGAUGAUCGGUCAGAGUGCUACUGCGCUGGUGGCGAGUAUUGCGUUGAUGAUCGAGAAUCAGGGAAGGUGGGGUGAGGGGGAUGAGGUGGUGAUCAGCGAUGCUGAUCAUGAAACCAACAGGGGUGCGUGGACUAGGUUGGCGAAGAGGCUGGGUAUGCAGCUCAAGAACUGGCCGGUCGAAACGACUUCGCAGAACAACGCAUUCGCAGCAACGCUCAACCCGGACGCUUUGAAGGACAUCGUUACACCGCGGACGAAGUUGGUCGCAUUCACUGCAUGCUCCAACCUGCUCGGCGCCUUCACGGACAUCCCCAAAGCCGUAGAGAUCGUUCGAUCCAUCGCUCCCGACGCGCUGAUCGUCGUCGACUGCGUAGCCUUCGCACCGCACCGUCGCGUCCAACCCCGCGUAUGGGGGGUGGAUAUCGCCUUCUUCAGCCUGUACAAGACGUACGGCGCCCACGUGGGUGCCAUGUACAUCGACCCACGGGUCAAGACGCAGCUGAAGAGGUUGAACCACUUCUUCCUCCAACCAUCGCCUGGUGAGGGGGAGGGCAUUAAGGGGAUGUAUCCUUUCCAGACGAGUUCGGUGCAGUAUGAGCUGAACCACAGUAUCGCUGCCGUGGCGGACUAUCUGGUUUCCCUAGGCAGAGGUAAAGUUGGCGAAAAGGGAGAGGAGGUGGAUUGGAAUGGGUUGUUCGAGAGAGCCAGCGCUCUGCCCUACGUCGCACAGACGAAAGGUUCUGAUGGUGCGGCGAGCAGUGGCAGGGUGAAGAUGACACGAGCUCAAGCAGAGGAGGUGCUCGAUCGGGCAUUCGCCAAGAUCGCGGAUCACGAAUCCAAGCUCUCCUCGCUCUUCAUCCAGGCUCUGCUCAAACACGCCUCCAAGGGAGUGCGGAUCGUCGGUGUAGAAUCCUCCUCCUCUUCCGAACGAGCUCCGACGGUGGCGUUCGUCGCGAUCGAUCCAAGCACCGGCAAACAACGGGUCGGCACGAGCAAGGCGAUCCACACGGCGCUGGUGGAAGGCGGGAAGAUGGGCGCACAGCAGGGACACAUGUACGCACAUCGUCUGGUCGAGAGUUUGGGGCUCGAUCUCAAGGACGGCGUGGUGAGGGUGAGUUGGGUGCACUACAAUACCGAGGAGGAGGUGGAGCGGGUUGUAGGCUGGUUGGACGGGGUGUUGGAGCAUGUGCUGGGUUGA